GUACGAGAUUAUAGAGAACGCCAAUGAAGCUUGAAGUCUUGAACAGAAAAGAAGGUACAGCUCGAAAAUAAAUAUUUCUGAUCUUCGACAGCAACGGGACUCUGAAAAAGACAGAAGCGACCGCCAUGAGUUUCAGGGACGAAUCUGAGGAGCAGAAGAAGCCGUUCCUCCACACGGGGAGCUGGUACCGAAUGGGGUCCAGGCAGUCCAGCAUCAUGGGCUCCUCCGCCCAAAUAAUUCGCGACGGCUCCAUCUCCGUCCUCUUCUGCGUCCUCAUCGUCGCCCUCGGCCCCAUCCAAUUCGGAUUCACCUGUGGGUAUUCUUCUCCUACGCAAGCAGAAAUAGUCAAGGACUUGCAACUCUCAGUCUCAGAGUUCUCUGUAUUUGGUUCAUUGUCAAAUGUGGGUGCCAUGAUUGGGGCAAUUGCAAGUGGUCAAAUUUCAGAGUACAUUGGGCGUAAAGGGUCACUUAUGAUUGCCGCAAUUCCUAAUAUAAUCGGAUGGCUAGCAAUAUCCUUUGCCAAAGAUGUGUCGUUUUUAUACAUGGGAAGGUUGUUGGAAGGAUUUGGCGUCGGUAUUAUAUCUUACACGGUACCAGUAUAUAUAGCUGAGAUAUCACCACAAAACAUGAGGGGAUCCCUUGGGUCUGUUAACCAGCUCGCGGUGACUACUGGAAUAAUGCUGGCUUAUCUAUUGGGUCUGUUUGUCAACUGGAGGAUUCUUGCAGUUUUAGGAAUUUUGCCAUGUACAAUAUUGAUUCCUGGCUUAUUUUUCAUACCAGAAUCUCCUCGGUGGCUGGCCAAAAUGGGGAUGACCGAAGAAUUUGAAGCCUCAUUGCAAGUUUUACGGGGGUUUGAUACAGACAUUUCUAUUGAAGUGAAUGAAAUCAAGAGAUCUGUAGCAUCAACAAGCAAAAGAACCACAAUCCGGUUUUCAGAUCUCAAGAGAAAGAGAUACUGGUUUCCUUUAACGAUAGGAAUUGGAUUACUUGUGCUACAGCAACUCAGUGGUAUCAAUGGCGUUUUUUUCUAUUCAAGUAACAUCUUUGAAAGUGCUGGGCUAUCAUCAAGUAAUGUUGCAACUCUUGGACUUGGGGUUAUUCAGGUUCUUGCUACUGGGAUCACAACUUGGUUGGUGGACAAAGCUGGCCGCAAGCUGCUUCUUAUUAUAUCAUCCACUGGAAUGACUCUAAGCCUUCUCCUUGUUGCAAUUGCAUUUUAUCUAGAGGACCUUGUAUCAGAAGAUUCUAGCAUUUUUGGGAUACUGUCACUCGUAGGGCUUGUGGCUUUGGUGAUUUCAUUCUCUCUGGGGGUUGGAGCUAUUCCUUGGCUUAUAAUGUCUGAGAUACUUCCCGUGAACAUUAAGGGCCUUGCUGGCAGCAUAGCAACAUUGGCAAAUUGGCUAACAUCUUGGGCGAUCACAAUGACUGCAAACUUACUCUUGACUUGGAGUAGUGGAGGUACCUUCACGAUUUACACAUUGGUUUCUGCUUUUACUGUUGUCUUUGUGUCACUUUGGGUUCCUGAGACUAAAGGAAGAACUCUGGAAGAGAUUCAGUCGUCGUUUAGAUGAACUUUGUUGCUCAAGCAUGUAUUUUAAACUGGUUUUGAAGCCAAUAUCAUGCAGAAAGCGUCACAUGCAGGUGCAGAGAUCAUCUACAUAAUUUCUCUCCAACCAUUUUGUAUGUUAUUUAUAGGGUAUCAUGUAUAGACAAUAGUCUCUCAGCAGUUGCUCUAUGGAGUCGGAUAUAAUAAAAAAGUAAAUGAAAGCAAAAUUUAUUCAAAUCUUGAAACAAUCUUAGCUUCACCUAUUGAAAUGUUAAACAAUUAAAACUAUAUUAUUCUUCGUUGAACUUUAACACUGAGCUUGGCACAGAGUACAGAUAAUGU